CUAAUUGUUAGGGCUAUGAUUCACGAGGUUGCAGGUUACGAGAAUGCGUAAUUGAGUUUUUUAAGUGGACGAUAACAGCGGUGUUGACUUAUCUGUUAGGAAUCCGGUAGUGUAUAAUUCGAUGAAAUGAUCGAGAGUGUGUCGCGUCGCGCCUUCAGCAGCUCCAGCGGUACAUACAACGUUCGCGCCUCGGAGCUAGCGCGAGAACGCAAGCUAAACAUCUUUAACGUUACUGUAGUUUUCUUGGACGAUACACAGCAAUCUUUUCAAAUUGAGAAAAAGGCAAAAGGGAGUGUGCUACUUGAGCAUGUGUUUCAACACUUGGAACUCGUGGAAAAAGACUACUUUGGUUUGCAAUUCACAGAAAAUGGAUCACCUCCCAAUGCGACAAAUACUGAAAUAACGCGUUGGCUAGAUGCUGGUAAAUCGGUCAAGAAACAAGUUGGUGUCAAUGCUCAGUUUUGGUUGGCAGUACGUUUUUACCCCCCUGAACCUUGUCGUUUAUCAGAAGAGUUCACGAGAUAUCUCCUGUGUUUGCAAUUGAGAAAGCUAUUACUUGAUGGUAGAAUGUCAGCUCCGAAGAACACUGCUCUUUUGUUGGCUUCAUUUACUGUACAAGCGGAAUUAGGAGAUUAUAAUGGAACAGAACACCAACCAAACUAUUUGUCUGAAUUAUGUUUAUUACCAAAACAAACCGCAGAAGAUGAGAGGCGUAUAAAAGAAUUACAUAAGUUGCAUAAAGGACAGUCACCCGCUGACGCAGAGGCUAAUUUUCUAGAACAUGCGAAACGUUUAGACUGUUAUGGUGUGGAAUCGCAUCCUGCAAAGGAUUAUAAUGGAAAAGACAUACUGAUUGGGGUAACGUCAAUCGGUAUAGUCGUAUUUCAGAACAAUAUCAGAGUGAACACAUUUUCUUGGAGCAAAAUUGUCAAGAUUUCUUUCAAGAAGAAGCAGUUCUUUAUUCAGCUGAAACGAGAACCAUCAGAAUCCUACGACACAGUGCUGGGUUUCAACAUGCGUUCAGGGCGUGCAGCGAAGGCCCUUUGGCGUUGUAGCGUUGAGAGACAUGGGUUCUUCCGUUUAAGGGCCCCUCGACGACGACCCUUAUUGGGGGCCCUGGGCGCCCUAGCGGGGGUCACUGCCCCCACUGUGGCGAGGACUGAAACGCAGGCUUUGGAAGAUGCGAGACGAUCUCGAUCGAGUAAUAGGAAUUUUGUUCGCCGUAGCAGUUCCCGUACCCGCGAACGAUCAAAUGGGGCUUCGCCGGCACAGAGCGCCGGGGCGGCGCGGGGGGCGCGUGUCACCGCCCACGAGGAGCCCCCGCCCCGCGCCGCCUGGGGGGACGCCCUCGACAACGAGAGAGACGACAGUGACGGUGGUUUCUUAGAACGAGCUCUCCGCGUACCGCUCACGUAUGUAGACGAAUCUGAGUCUGAAUCGGCGCCGGAAAGAGGGGAAGAUGGCGAUACCGGCGACGGUGAUGGUGAUGGUGAUGUGUCCGAGGCGGAGGGCGCGGUGGCGGUGCGGCUGUCGGCGGGCGCGGACGGGCGCUUCGGGUUCAACGUGCGCGGCGGCGGCGGCGCGCCCGUGCUCGUGUCGCGCGUCGCGCCGCGCACGCGCGCGCAGCUACAGGAGGGCGACCAGGUCAUAUCAAUAAACGGUAAAGAUGUGGAUGAAAUGACGCACGAGGAGGUCGUCCAAAUGAUUAGAAAUACGAAAGGCGUUCUGACUUUACUAGUGAAACCUAAUGCGGUUUACGACGCAGAGGAAACUGGGCCAGAAGAACCGGCGGUUUGUUUCGUACCCAUAGGGUCGGGCAAGUUCGAAGGCGAUGCUUUGGAACAGUCCAUGCUUUUACUGGGUGAUGGACUGGCAAGCGGAGCCGCUUUGAGACAGUACGAUACUCUACUGAGACGUUUAGCUGAUGAGAGCUCCUCAGUCUCCAAACUGCCCCAGAACGUUAAUAAGAACAGAUACAGGGAUAUAGCGCCUUAUGAUUCAACACGUGUGAUAUUAAAAAAUGGACCGACUGGCGACUACAUAAACGCAUCGUACAUAAACAUGGAAAUACCCAAUUCAGAUCUAGUACUGACAUACAUCGCUACUCAAGGUCCCUUAGCAUCAACAGUUGGUGAUUUCUGGCAGAUGGUUUGGGAAAGCGAGAGUAGUUUAAUAGUUAUGUUAACAGUGUUAGUAGAACGGGGUCGAGCGAAAUGUCACCAAUAUUGGCCCAAAGUUGGAACCACACCUUUGAAAGCCACCAGUACUCUUUCCGUCCUUACGAAUAGCGAACAAAACUUUGGUCAUUACAUCAGAAGAGAGAUGACAAUAAAGAGCUCGAGCGGCGCCAGUCGCGCGGUGUGGCAGCUGCAGUACGCGGCCUGGCCGGACCACGGCGUGCCGGACGACGCGCCCGCCUUCGUCGCCUUCACGCGCCUGUGCGCGCGCCUGCGGGCCCGGCGCGACGUUAUACCAACAACGGUCGAAGAACAGAACAGUGAAGAGGAACGAGUACUGGACCCUCCUAUGAUAGUACAUUGUUCAGCGGGGGUGGGCAGAACUGGUGCCCUUAUAUUGGCAGAAACCGCUCUAGAACUAUUAGCAAGGAGACAGCCCUUGUAUCCCUUGGAUUUAGUGAGGGCUAUGAGGACUCAGAGACCCAUGUGUAUACAGAAUGCUAGUCAAUACAAGUUCGUAUGUGAGAGCAUACAAGCGGCUUAUGCUAUGGGACUCACCGACCCAUCCAACUGAUGACCAAGCAUUCCCUACGGGGAAUUUUAUGAUACACUAGCUCAUAUAUGUACUAAGGUAACUUCGGUAUUCUAUUGCAAACCCGUCUAUUAACUAUAACUGUGUAUAAAAAUAUAUUCUUCUGUAUGAUAUUCUAGAAGUUUCCAUACAGAGCAGCCAUAUAACCACAGCCAGUGCCUGUAAAUAGUGAAGCAAAGUGUUAAGUAAAAUGUAAAUGGUUAUAUCGUGCUCAAUCGAAACAGGAUUUUACCGAUAAUUGUCUAAAGUCAUUAAAAAUCAACAUAUUUGUAAGUUCUCAAUAUCAUACUAUGUUUGAAUACGUAAAACCUAUAUAGGCGCCACUUCUAGAUAAAUUCUACAGCGUGUUGUGUCACCAGUUUUGUAAAUAUUUGAGAACUAACUAAAGAAUUAAAUGUUUAGUUUAAUCAUACAAUACUUUUGUAGUAUUAUUAUUUUUACAAUUGCUGCAAAGUUUCAAUUGAAUAAAAUGAUUUUAUUACAUACUGUAAUAUUUAUAUCGAAAUAUGUAUUAACUCUUUAUAAAAUCUGUAAAAAUAUUUAAUUUAAUAAUUUAACCAAUAGCUUACGAUCAUUGUUAAAAACGGAUAAAAUGGGUAUUAAACGAAGAAAAAAAAACAACAAUA